UUUUAAGACUAUCAUGCCAGUUUUCCCAUUGUCUUCUUUUUUAGAGGAGCAAUAGAGUCAAGUGUCAUUGUCAUUGAGCCUGUAGCACUAUCAACAAGAUGAUCAAUUUGGGAGGGACUAAAGUUAGCAUAAGAGUCCUCUGUUAUAUUGAAACAUGGUGGUGAAUUAGGUGCUGAUGGAAUCACUUUCUUAAAUUUAGCUACACCACUAUCAGAUAGAAAUCUAGUAAAGACAUUUUGUGCCUAAUGGUAUGUAAGUCUAGUAAUAGGAAUUUAAUAGAUAUUAAAUAAUGGUCUGAUAAAAGAGGUUUCUAUGGAAAGACUAUUAGAUGUUCAAUUUUGAUGCCAUAAGUCAGAACAAGGUCAAGGGUGUGGUUAAAAGUGGGGGGGGUUUAUUUACACUUUGAGCGAAGCCAACUGAGUCUAAUAAUUAGAUAAACGCAGUGCUAAGACUAUCAUUGUAAAAAUCCACAAGAAUAGUAAAAUCCCCUACUAUAAUUAUUUUAUCUGUACUAAGGACUAAACUUGAUUAAAAACUCAGAUUCAGAUAAAAAUUCAGAGUACGGUCCAGGAGCAUGGUAAGCGAUAAACAAAAAAAGAAUAGGCUUCAAUGUUUUCUAUGUUUGGUGUGUAAGACUCAAGCUUAAGAAUCAAGCUUUAAAAUGAGUUAUAAUUGAUUUUAGGUUUAGGGUUGAUUUAAUCAGACUGAGUUGAAAAUGGCUGCAACUCCACCUCUCCUCGGCUGGUGCCUCGAGGAAUGUGAGUAAUGAUAUGACUGGGGGGAGGGAAUUCAUUUAGGCUAGCAUAUUCAUCAUGACACAGCCAAUUUUCAGUAAGACUAUAACUCAGAUUAAGCAGGGGCCCACAGAAAACUACGGAGUCCGGUAUUGUCUUUGCAUAUGUACACAGACUCAACAUUAAUUUUUGUGACCUCCGAUUGGUGUAAUUGGGUGUUGUUACCGCCAACGUGAAUAACAAUCUUAAUGUAUUUAUGUUUAUCCUUAGCCAGAAGUUUCAAAUAGGACUCUACGUCACCCACUCUGUCCACAGGAAGACAUUUGACAAUGGUCGCCGGUGUCGCUAACUUCAUGUUUCACAAGAUAGAGCUGACAAAAACCAAAGCUGGUUUCUCAGCGGGUGUAUCGCAAAAUGGGGAAUGUCUUUUUGAAACGUGAACUGCUUGCUGGUGAACCAUGGUCUUCUGCUUAGGGCUACGCUUCUUGUUACGGACAGUCAUCCAGCCACCCUGGAUUCCUGGCUGCUCGGGAGCUGCCAGGGGAAGAUGGAAGUCUACACUGUAACAGUAGCAACUGGUACGGCACAGUAUUCAGGCACCAACAACUACAUCUUCGUGACCCUGGUGGGGGAGAAAGGGGAGAGUGAGCGCACCCUACUGGACAACCCUGGACUGGACUUCUGUCGAGGAGCAGUGGACCAGUACAAGGUGAUUAGUCCAUUCCCUUUAGGCUCCCUGCUACUGGUCAGACUGGAGAAACAGAGGUACUGGGUGGAAGAUAACUGGUUCUGUCGCUAUGUCACAGUGGAGCCUCCAGGUGGAGACAAAGUGACUUUCCCCUGUUACCGCUGGCUUAUAGGAGAUGUAAGGGUGGAGAUAAGAGAAGGAACAGCUAAGACACUGAGGGACGACUCCUCAGCUCAGCUGCUGGCACACAGGAAGACAGAGCUGCAGGAGAGACAGAAGAUUUACAGAUGGGUAACAUGGGCUCCAGGGAUUCCCAGAUGUAUUGACGCUAAAACAGAAGCAGAUUUACCCCAAGACGUCCGCUUUGAAAAUGAGAAGAAGAGUGACUUUGAACAUUCCUUACACUAUGCCUUGGUGGAGUUGUCUCUGAAAAAGUUAGCCAUCAGGUUUGGGAAGUCCUGGAAUGACCUGGAUGAUUUCAAACGGAUCUUCUGGAAGCUGAGAAGCCCCAUAGCUGAGUACUGUAUGGAGCACUGGAAGGAGGACUGGUUCUUUGGCUACCAGUGUUUGAAUGGCUCCAACCCACGGAUGAUCCACAGAUGCAAGAAGCUGCCGGAGAACUUCCCUGUCAUGUCAGACAUGGUACAGAGCUCCAUGGCUCCCAGGACCAACCUGGACAUAGAACUCAAGGCAGGGAAUAUCUACUUGUUAGACUAUGCCAUCAUGGAUGGGAUUCCCACCAACACAAUCAAGGCUAGACCUCAAUACAUUGCUGCUCCGCUCUGUCUCCUGUACCAACACCCAGAUGAAGGUCUCAUACCUAUUGCUAUACAGAUAGAGCAGACUCCAGGCCUGGAUACGCCCAUAUUCCUGCCCAGAGACCCACCUUUGGCCUGGCUAUUGGCUAAGAUGUGGGUGCGUCACUCUGAGUUUCAGGUUUUCCAGCUGCUGUCACACCUACUCAGGACUCACUUGGUGAUAGAGGUGUUUUGUGUGGCAACUCUGAGACAGCUGCCUGCUGUACACCCUAUAUAUAAGCUCCUGGCCCCUCAUCUGCGCUACACUCUAGAGAUCAACUGUAGGGGGCGCACUCAGCUCAUCUCUGCUAAUGGCAUCUUUAAACGGGUUGUGUCUACAGGUGGUGAUGGUCUGUUGAUUCUUGCUCAGAGGGAGUACAAGAUGCUGACUUACCGCUCCCUCCAGCCCUGCAAUGAUUUUACUGACAGAGAAGUGUCCCAGCUCCCAAACUAUUUCUACAGAGAACACAGUUUAAUGCUGUGGGAGGCCAUACACAGUUUUGUCUUGGGUAUGGUAAGCUUGUACUACCAGUCAGACCAUGAUGUGCAGGAAGACCUGGAGCUUCAAGCCUGGAUAAAAGACAUAUCACAAGAGGGCUUCACAGAGCUUCCCGACUUUGGUCUGCCCAGUAAGUUCAGCACCAGAGAGGAACUUUCCACCCUGCUGGCAGUGGCCAUCUUCACCAGUACAGCCCAGCACGCUGCUACAAACAAUGGACAGUUUGACUGGUGUGCCUGGGUCCCCAACACCCCUUGCACCAUGAGACAACCUCCACCAACAGACAAGGAUGCUGUUACCAUGGAGAUGAUCAUGGCCACUCUUCCUGAUGUCAGCCAAUCCUGUCUGCAGAUGGCUAUCACAUGGCAUCUGGGGAGAGCACAACCAGAUGCUAUUCCUUUGGGCCAGUACACAGAGCAGCACUUCACUGAGGGGCAGGCUGUGGAGCUGAUUGAUAGGUUCAGAACAGAGCUGAAGGAGAUCGAGAGCCACAUCUGGAGUCAGAAUAAAGGACUGGAGUUGCAGUACCUUUUCCUCCUGCCCAGCCGCAUAGAAAACAGCAUCACUAUAUAGAAAUACUAAUAGACUACUCCAUGCAAGAUCUGUUUUUAUUUUAACAUUAAAUUAUUUUUUCUAUUGAUCAUUGUUGAAAUGGUCUACUAGUAAAUUUUCUCUGCCGAACGUGGUUUGUUUUGCUGGUAGGUGGUGGGGGUGAUGGUAGCUUGCCAAGAGCUUCAGCCAUCAUUGGUUUUUGUUUUACAAGAGGUUAGAGGGUGUAUUACCCUCUGAGCAGCACUACUUCCUCAUCCUCUCAUGAUCGACUGAGGGCAGAUUGGAUGCUAAAGUGACUUGCUGAUCAGAAAGUGACGAGAUGGGCUGGUUGGGCUGGGGCUAACUGGUUAGCGUGCUAGAAAUAGCAGCAAAACAAGAGUUAACAUUGGCAUUGUUUUCCAACACUGGAAACAGCUCUUGGCGAGUAAUUACAUAAAGUUUGAUCCCGAAUUCACAAUGUUUCUUCUAGACUUAACAGAUGUUAAUGCUAACAUUAGCUAUGUAGCAAUAGCAAACCUACACCUAGCCCUUUAAAAAAAAUUGU